AGUAGUUGACUGCUGCUAGAAGUUGCACACUGAAGUUAACGUUAGUGUUACUUUACAGUAGCAAUUCUGCAAGAUAAUCAUGGCAGGCAAGAGGGCGUUAGUGAUCCUGUCUAAAGGUGCAGAGGAGAUGGAAACUGUUAUUCCUGUGGACAUCAUGCGUAGAGCUGGGAUUGCAGUGACAGUUGCAGGACUGACUGGCAAAGAGCCAGUACAGUGCAGCAGAAACGUCGUCAUCUGUCCUGAUGCUAGCCUGGAGGAGGCCAGCAAACAGGGCCCAUACGAUGUGGUGCUUCUGCCAGGUGGAAUGCCAGGGGCCCAGAAUCUGGCAGAGUCUCCUGCUGUGAAGGAGGUGCUGAAGGAUCAGGAUGGCAGAAAAGGCCUCAUUGCAGCCAUCUGUGCAGGUCCCACUGCUCUUCUGGCACAUGGCAUCGGGUAUGGCAGCACAGUCACUACACAUCCUGCCAUGAAGGAGAAGAUGAUGGCUGGAGACCACUAUAAAUAUUCAGAAGCUCGAGUACAGAAGGAUGGACAUUACAUCACCAGCCGUGGGCCAGGAACCAGUUUUGAGUUCGCCUUAACGAUUGUAGAGGAACUUAUGGGGGCUGAGGUUGCAGCUCAAGUCAAGGCUCCUCUUGUUAUGAAAGACUGACUGUAGCCGUGUUCACUUACAUCCUGCAAGCAGCACCUCCCUCAAUCCAAGAAUUGCACUACUGAGACAGCUAAUCCAAUGUAGCUGGCACAAAGAGUCAAAGUCAAGUGAAAAAUCAUUCUCCCCAGGGGGGCAUGCCAUAAUGUUUCUGUUCUGACAGGUUAUUUUCUUCCUUUGUCUUUCUUGGUUGACAAUGAAUGGCACCCUUUUGUUUUUUUAACAAAGAAAUAAAAUAUGAAUUUACAUGCUU